AUGCCUCUGAACGCAAUUGAAAAACCUGGGUUACUUAAACUUUUAAAAGUAACAGUGCCUCAUUACAAACCACCAAAACGGAAACAUUUAACCAAAUUGAUGGAUCAAAAAUUUGAAGCCAUGGUCGUAAUAGUUAAAAUACAGUUAAAUAAAAUAAAAUGUAUGUCAUUAACUACAGACAUUUGGACAGAUUCACAUACCACAACAUCAUAUUUAGGAAUAACUGCACAUUACAUAGAUCAAUCCAGACUUCAUUCAAUUACUCUUGGGCUGGCAGCAUUAGACAAAUCACACACAGCAUCUUAUAUCUCUGAGAAGUUUGAAGACACAUUGAACUUCUGGGAAAUAUCAAAGGAUACUAUCAUUGCAGUUAUUACAGACCAUGCCAAUAAUAUGAUAAGAGCUGUGAAAGAUAGCUUUGGGCAUGAUAAAGCCUUACAAUGUUAUGCCCAUUGCUUAAAUUUAUUGGUCGAACAAGCGCUCGAAGAUUCACCAAAUAUAUCUGUCAUAAUAAAUAAAAUAAAAAAAAUUGUAACCUACAGCAAACAAAGUGUUAAGGAUUCCUGUCCCACAAGAUGGAAUUCAAUUUUUUUCAUGUUGGAAAGAUUUCUUGUGCUAUCAGAAACAAUAUCAAGAGCAUUAUUACGACUAGAAAAGAGACCAGAAUUAUCAGUCAUAUCUGAAGCUAUAACUUUACUUCGUCCAUUCGAACUAGCAACAAAAGAAUUUUCAUAUGAAAGUCAUGUAACCGCAAGCAAAAUUGUUGAAAUAUACAAUUAA